AUGUACCUCAACAGCCCGCGCGGAUCCAACAACAAGCUGCGUGAGCAGAGCAACAACGUUCAGAAUGCCAACCGCCUGUUCGACUCGCAGAACAAUGCCGCUUCUGGGUACCAGAUUGGCGACGAUUGCAAGCCAGCAUGCAAGGACGAGAACAACAACUACGACGUAACCAAGGAGGGAGCUACCAAAGGGACGAUGAAAUUCUACCAAGGUUCAGAACUCUACAUCGAUUGGUUCGUGCAACAUGGUUGCGGUGUGGGUCAGCCCAACCUGCGCUGCCAGAUCACCUUGCAGUACAUGACCGAUGUGGACAACCCGAAUCUCCGGGAUGGGACUGACCAGGAUUCUGCCGGUGGUGACGAUGAGGAUCCCACUGAGGAGGAGACGGCUGAAGUCGCCAGGGGCUACCAUGAGCCUUUGGAGUAUUACCAGGCCUGCUACGAGCGGGAGCGCAACAAGGGCCUCUUCACUUCUGACCAGCAGAUUGAGGAGAAUGGCGGCGCCACAUCCACCCGGCAGAACCCCAAUGGCAACGGCCGUCGACGUGGCAACCAGCGCCAUGGCUUGGAAUGCCCGGAGGAGAGGGACUACUACCCCUACUGGCACCCGACGCCGUGGCACGACAUUGCCAUCUUCACUGAUGAGCCACAGGAGCGCUGCGAGUACCUCAGGGCAGAGUCGCAGAAUGUCAAGGAGAAGGGCAGGUGCUCCAUCAACCAGUACAACAACCCUGAUGCUUGCACCGGCAAUGGGGGGGAGUGGAUCGUGGAGCCUGCCUUCAACGAGCCCCCUCCUGAGUGUUGGGGCGGUAUCUCCAGCCGCGACAACCACAACGGCAAUGUCAGGAACGGCCACCCUGACUACUACUUGUGGAAGAUUCCGGAGCACAUCAAGGGCCGGGUUGUGCUUCGAAUUCGCUACAACAUCAGCACGGGCGACUUCACAUUGGGCUCCCUGGCAAACCCCACAGAGGAGGGCACGUCGCUCUCCGGGAUCAAGGCAGACCCCUUCUUCAUCGACCGCAGCUUCAACGACCCCAAUCCAAACGAUCGCAGGAGGCGGACCUUCGUCGGCCGCCCGGCAGUCCCUGUGCCCCUGGCUCAGGAUCCCGUGGCUGAUUGGAUCGGCUUGGGCGACGGCUCCACGGACACCAGUCGCCUCCUUCAACUGCAGGUGAACACGAACCAGUAUGGGCGUACGUUUGAGGAUCGCACCCACACGUUCAUAGUCCUGGAGCGGCCUGCGGACGUACCAGCUGACAGACGGAUCGUGAACUACAAUGUGCGCGGCCGUCGCGGCAACAUCGUGCAGGUGUACCCCUCCGUGGAGUACGACUUUGUGCCCCAGGACCUGGUGGUGGAGCAGGGCACUCUGCUGCACUUUCAGUGGACCGGUUCAGAUGCCAACAACAACGGCAAUGCUGGCAAUGGUCGGGCGGGCACGGACCGCUCCAACCUGGUCCAGGUGCAGUCCAGGUCGGAAACAGUUCCGCUGCCCAUCGAGAAGCACACGCUUCUGUUCGAUGCCAGCACCAACCCCAACGACCCUGAGGGGCGCAAGCUGGUAGACAAGUUUGCUUUCCUGGACCAGGACUCCAUCGUGACGUGCGACCCCGAGACGAACGACCAAAAUUCCGAAACAAACUGCAAGCAGCUCAACGGUGCCUCUGCCUACUUCGACGGAGGGCUGGUAGAGAUGAAGCAUGUUGGCGAACACCAUAUUGCAAGCACCAGGAACAAUGACUUCACCAACAGGUCCCACAAGGCAUCUAUCAAAGUCACAGGCCUCCAGCUGGAGCUCUAUGAGAACAUCGCCCUGGGUGUGGGCGCCUUUUGUGGUUUGAUCCUGGUAAUCUAUGUGAUAGCAGCCAUGUAUGCUUGCAGGCGUCCGGGGAGCUGGUUGUUCUCCCGCAGGUAUCGCCCGCGGCUUCUCAACCUUUUCCUGUCGAAGCGUGCAAUGGACAGCCUGGUCGAAGAGCGGCGCCAGAUCGUCGCGCAGCAGCGUCGUGAGUGGGCGAAGAAAGCCAAUGCCCAUGCAGUGGACGAGGAGGGUGCAGUUGACUCGGCUGAGGUGGCCUUGCCUGAGGAGACGCUCACCUGGUUCCAAGCCAUCAACCGCUGCUUCCGCCGCUGCGGCGUGGGCGAGCAGCGGCUUACCACGCUCAUGUAUGCGGUGCUGAACAUCUUGGUCUUCGUGAUCGGUUUCCUCUCCAACUUGCACGGAGGCUUCCACGAGUCCUGGGCCUAUCCCAUUGCCAAGGGCGGCGGCUUCACCAUGAACUUGAACUUCGCCAUGCUCAUCUUGCCGACGCUCAAGAGCUUGCAGACCACCAUGCGCCGUGUGAGCUCUUCUCGUGAGUGGAUUCCAAUUGAUGACCCCAUUGCCUUCCACAUCGUGAUUGCCAGCUACACCAUGCUCGCGGCGGCCAUCCACAUUGCUGGCCAUUGUGUGCACAUCUACUUGAUCAAGUCGGCACCCACGAUCCAGCUUGACCCGCUGGAGUUGUGGAAGCUGAGUGCCGAGGAGAAGGCAAGUGGCAUGACGUUGCUGCAGCAGCUCCUCAACUUCCAGAACCGAUGCGCGGCCUUGACGGGCAUCAUCCUGACCUUCCUCAUGUUGGCCAUACUGUUGACAGCCAUGCCCUGUGCCCGACGUGGAACCAACUGCGUCACUCGCCGGCUGGGCGGUUUCAACUUGUUCUGGCGAGUGCACAUGACCUGGAAGUUCAUUUAUGUGCUCCUCCUCCUCCAUGCCCCUCAGCGACUUUGGAUUUGGCUUUUCUUCCCAGCCAUCUUUGUGAUCGUGGACCGGCUGUUGCUCUCAAACCACCAGGCGCUCUACCUGGCACUGAAGAGUGUCAAGUUGCUUCCACGUGAUGUGAUUGGCCUCACGUUUGAGGUUCCUCAGGGCUUCGCGUACCAGGCUGGCCAGUACAUUCUCUUGGGCUGGAAGGGCGAGUGGCAUCCAUUCACAUUGACAUCAGCCCCCGAGGAGAAUUGCAUUUCGGUGCACAUCCGCUCUCCAAACAACCUAGACUGGUGCUCCGCCCUUCGCAGGCGCCUCACCGAGGAGGCCCCAGCCCAGGCAGUGGGUGGUGAGCCCACCCGACCCAAAGCUCCCAUGUUGCUGGAGUACAGCAAGCACGUGCUUCCCAACAGCCAGGUGGUCUACAACAUGCCUAAGGUUUGCAGCCCCAAUGGUGCUAAGGAGGUUGAAGGUAAUGAGUCCAAGGCCAAGCUCGAGGGUCCACGCCUCUUAGGCCGUAGCCCCUCUGGAAAGGUUGUGCAGCCACCGGCUCGCUCUGGAGAAACGCUGAUCAGCAAUGCCGCUCCAGGGAUGCUCCCGGAUGAGGCAGUAGUGUUGCAGGUCACUGGACCCUUUGGUGCCCCUGCGCAGAAGGUUUGGGGCUUCGACGUGCUAAUGGUGGUGGGAGCCGGCAUUGGAGUCACACCCUUCGCUUCCAUCCUGCGUUCCGUGCAGCUGCGGGCCAAGCAGCGCGAGACCAUCAUGAACGCUGCCACAAAGCCUUCUGCUUGGCGCUCGGUGAUGGCCAACAGCCCCGGAACUGCGCCUGUAGAGGACACAAGGGCAGGGUUGGAGAAACUGGUGGACGACCUGGUCGUGGUGCCCAAGAAGAUCUAUUUUUAUUGGAUCUGCCGUGGACAGGAGGAGUUCGACUGGUUCUGCGACCUUUUGGCAGCAGCAGCAGAGGGCCCGGCCAUGGGCAUCGUGGAGAUCACACUCUUCCUCACUGGGGAGAUCGAGCUGUCCCAGGUCAAGAAGCUGCCCUGCGCUGCAGGGCAGUUCUUUGGCCGCCCCAACUGGGGCCGCAUCUUCAAGCAGAACCGCGAGAAACACCAGGGCGAGCACAUCGGCGUCUUCCUGUGCGGUUCCCCAGUGAUCGGCGAGCAGCUUUCUCACCAAAGCAUCAAGAACUCGGACCUGGUGGGCACCCCAGGCGGAACUCGCUUCUCUUUCUUCAAGGAGCACUUCUGA